CAGUCUGUUGCUAAGCAACUGUAAAAUAAAGCAGCAGGCUCUGAAGUCAGAAAGAGAGAGAGAGAGCGACCGAGAGGAGAGAAAGAGAGUUCACAAGUACUGCAAUCCACUACUGUUUGUUUGGCUCCGUACAUGAUCCCACCACAGCUCUCGGUACCCAUCUGUGGAUCUGCGAGGACUUGUGACUUCUGGUUCUCCGUCGGCCUGGCCAAUCAGCGUCGGCAGGGGGACGGGCCCAGUGGUUCCCUUGGUUACCUGUGUGAUUGACGUCCAGCCUCCUGCAGCGGAGCGCGCGGCAGUGUAUCACUGAUGCUCCUGCUUCGCCCCCGGAGACUGUGGAGAAAUCUGGAAGAGGAGAGACGGAGAGAAAACACAAGAGCAAGAGGAAUGCUAAUUAUUUAAAGUCCUUUCACUCUCUUCCUCCUGCUCUCUUUGCUGGGAAGAUGAAAGCCGGAGCGCUGGAAGAAGCCGGCUGAAGGGAGAAGAAAGGAAGGAUUCCUGAAGAAGGGGGGGAUUUGUUGGUAACCUAUAUGAAGACAACAGAAAAAGUUUCAACAAGACGACUGCUACUGACUGCUUAACGAACGACAAACGCAUAGGAACAUGUUCAGCAGAGCGUGGUACCCAUAAGGCCUUGCAGGGGCCCAGUGGGCAAGGGUUACAAGGAGGCAGAGAUGAACCUGACCAACCACAGGCCGUCCCCCGGGGAUAUAAGCUCCACCCACCACUGAUCUCCAGGGUGACUGACAGCUGGACCAUCGCCUCAUACACCGGCAUCUGAACCCUCAUUGGCCCACAGUACAGUGCAGUGUCUGGAAAUGACCACUAAGCGGAAGCUGAUUGGCCGGCUGGUGCCGUGCCGUUGUUUCCGUGGUGAGGAGGAAGUGAUCUCAGUGUUGGACUACUCCCACUGCAGCCUGCAGCAGGUCCCCAAAGAAAUCUUCAGCUUCGAGAGAACUCUGGAAGAGCUCUACCUAGACGCCAACCAGAUUGAGGAACUACCCAAGCAACUCUUCAACUGCCAGGCCUUGAAGAAGCUGAGCAUGCCCGAUAACGACCUGUCCAACCUGCCCACCACCAUCGCCAGCCUGGUUAACCUCAAAGAGCUGGACAUCAGUAAAAAUGGUAUCCAGGAGUUUCCAGACAAUAUAAAAUGCUGUAAAGGUCUGUCUGUGGUGGAGGCCAGUGUCAACCCUAUCACCAAACUCCCAGAUGGUUUUACGCAGCUCCUGAAUCUGACCCAGCUCUUUUUAAACGAUGCCUUCCUGGAGUAUCUGCCGGCUAACUUUGGCAGACUCUCCAAACUACGGAUCCUUGAGCUGAGAGAGAACCACCUGAAAACCAUGCCAAAGUCCAUCCACAGACUGACACAGUUGGAGAGGUUGGAUCUGGGUAGUAAUGAAUUCUCUGAACUGCCAGAGGUGUUGGAACAAAUCCACAACUUAAAGGAGCUGUGGCUGGAUAACAACUCUCUACAGUCCAUACCAGGGUCGAUAGGGAAGCUUCGUCAGUUGCGAUACUUGGACUUAGCCAAGAAUCGUAUCGAGACGUUGGACACGGACAUUUCAGGCUGCGAGGCCUUAGAAGACCUGCUGCUUUCCUCCAACAUGCUGCAGCACCUCCCUGACUCUAUAGGAAUGUUGAAGAAGCUGACGACACUGAAGGUAGAUGACAACCAGCUGACCUCACUGCCUAACACCAUUGGGAGUGCGAAGCCCAAGCAAGGUCUGUCUCUGUUGGAGGAGUUGGACUGUAGUUGUAAUGAGUUGGAGUCGUUGCCUCCCACCAUCGGCUACCUGCACAGCCUGAGGACCUUUGCUGCUGAUGAGAACUUCCUCUCAGAGCUGCCCCGAGAGAUUGGUAACUGUAAGAACGUCACGGUAAUGUCGCUGCGGUCCAACAAAUUGGAGUUUCUCCCUGAUGAGAUUGGACAGAUGACCAAACUACGAGUCCUUAACCUCAGUGACAACAGGUUAAAGAAUCUACCGUUUACCUUUACUAAGCUGAAGGACCUGGCAGCUCUGUGGCUUUCUGACAAUCAGUCCAAGGCUCUGAUCCCUCUGCAGACAGAAGCCCACCCAGAAACCAAACAGAAGGUUUUGACCAACUACAUGUUUCCUCAGCAACCACGACAUGAUGAGGAUUACCAGUCAGACAGCGACAGCUUUAAUCCUACUCUGUGGGAGGAGCAGAGACAGCAGAGGAUGACUGUGGCCUUUGACUUUGAAGACAAGAAAGAAGAGGAGGACAACUCUGGGAAGGUCAAGGUGGAGAUAAACCUAAAGCGCUACCCAACACCCUACCCCGAGGACCUUAAGAACAUGGUCAAGUCAGUGCAAAGCCUUGUGGGCAAAAGUGUACACGCCGGACAUGGGCACCAGCACCAGCUGAGCACAGGCACUGCCACCUCGGCAGGAACCAACAUGGAACACACACACCUCAGCAAAGAGCCGUAUGAACCACCAUGGCCCCUACCACCUAAAGAGGUGACAGACAGAGAGAUGCAGGACUUCUCUCAGUCUCAGCUAAUGGAUCAGGGAUCAAUGCAUAACUCUGGCAUCGACAUUCCCAAGAGGAAAGACAAAGAGGAUCUGACAGAGAGCUCAGAGGACUCGAUGGGCGGCUCCCCCAACGACAUCCGUAUCUCUGACAUGAGGCCCACCCUGGUGGAGCCACCGAUGUACAAACCAAAAGUGGUGCUGCUGGGCAAAGACAAGAAAGAAUCUACAGAUGAGGAGAUGGAUAAGCUCCACUGUCUGAACCACAGCGGCUCCUCAGCCACCUACUCCGACUACUCUCCCUCCCAGGGCUCCUCGGGCUCCUCCAACCCGCCUGCCAACACACACUCGCACACACUCUCUCAUGCGCACCCACACAAUCCUGCCCUGCCAGCCCCCAGCAAGGACCAGGCCCCUCAGACACACUGGACCAACAGACUGGCUCAGUCGUUCCCUAAGCCCAUUGACUCCAAGCCCCUGCUAUCUCAGAGAGAAACCCCUCCAUCAGGAACCCUGCAGCAGCGCGGGGAUCGACGCCCACUCAGUGAGCCUUUUGACUGGGCCGAGGCUCCUCACUACGACAAUACAGGUUUCGACGCUGAGGAGUCUCCUCUGGACCCCCCAUCGUCCACCGCAAGUCAGGGAAACCCUCCACUGGGCUCCAAACCUCGCAGCCAGUCAACACACGGACGCCGCCCACUCCUCAGGCAAGAGCGAAUCGUAGGAGUUCCACUAGAGCUGGACACCCAGACGCUCCCCUUCCACGGUAACCAACGCUCCACCCCAGACAAUGACCCACAAUCCUCAGCACCUCCUCAGAAUCCUUGGCAGAAUUGGACCCGAACCCCGAGUCCACUGGAGGACAGAACCGCUUUUCCCUCCAAGCUGGACCUGACACCCACGUCCAGCCCCAACCCCGACCGCAAGGAUAUGGACUCAAGGAUGGAACAAGGAGCGGGGCCUUUGCCUGGCAGCUGGACGUACCACGACAAUCAGGGGGAGCAGAACAGGAAGGAUCAGCUCAGUGUCAGCGGGGGCAACAAGGUGACGGUGGUGAUGAGUAAAAGCUCAGACCGCCUGUCCCCCAUGAUGAAAGAGACAAGAUCCAAAUUUAAGAAGUCACAGAGCAUCGACGAGAUUGACAUUGGAUCCUACAAGGUCUACAGUAUCCCCAUGGACAGCUACAGUUCAUCCAUUGAGCAGCAGACCAGCUUGGACCGUCCAGAGUUGCCUGGUUCCAUGGAGCAGACCAGUAUGGCUCGGUCACAGUCUGCCCCCAUGUUAGACGAUGAGCUGGGCUUCCCGGGACACGGAGCCAGCAACCAGAACCAGCAAGGACAGAACCAAAAACCUGCCAUCCCACAGAAAGCCUAUCACUUUGACCAGAACUACAAUCCCCAGGUGACCAUGGAUCGUCGGGUCCCUCCCCCCUUCCCCAACACGCCAGAUUAUGUUAAUCACGCGUCGAAGGCCUUGGAGUACAUAAAUCAGCCAGGGAAGACAUUACCAAAGGAGCUAGUGAGCCCUCGGUAUCGUGCGUAUCCGCCGCUGGAGAUGUUUUCUUUCCCCCAAUCGCCAAUCAACCAGGACGGUCCGCCCAGCCAGCAGCAGCAGCCAAUCCCAACGCAGCGCUCCAGGCCAGGGUUUCUGAGGAGAGCAGAUUCACUGGUGAGCUCCACAGAGCUCGCUUUGUUCCGCAGAGUGCAUGAAGCCCAGCAGGAAGCGCUGCAGGAGGCUCAGUACAGACAGCAGGUGGACCCCCCUCUUUAUGGUCGGGCUCUUGCCUACUCCACCCCCAUGGAGCACUCUGCUCUUACCAACAUGGCCGACAGCCAGAGCCAGAUGCUGCACAACAAGAGAAACGGUCGCUACGAUGACGACUAUCCCACCUACCAGGAGCAGAAGAAGCCUCUGAUUGGUUAUCCAACCAAGAGCCUGACUCAGCGCCGUCCCCUGUCUGCCAGGAGCUACAGCACCGAGACCUACGGAGCAUCUCAGGCCCGUCCUGUGUCAGCUCGGCCCACCAUGGCCGCCCUACUGGAGAAGAUGCCCCCUGACUACACCCUGGCAACUUGCCCAGAGAAACCACCUGAUGACACCAUCAAAGUAAGACCUGUCGUACCACAGAAACCUGAAGACAUCACCUCCAAGAUGCCUGCCGACUGGAGGCAACAGCUACUCAGGCACAUAGAGGCCAAGCGGUUGGACAGGAGUGGUGUCCUAAAGCACAACACGCUCACGCUGGGCAUGCUCUGUCAGGGCGGGGGUCACGGCCAGGGGCGCAGCAGCACUUUGAACUUUAACCUUUACAAUAACACUAAGCAUGAGCCCCCUGCUGGCCGCUGGCUGCCACUACCUCCUCCUCCGUCUGCUAAUGCUACCCCCUCCCAGCAGGCUGCCAUGCUGGAUAAUGACCAGGAGGGGAUGUCAGGGAGCAACCAGUGGGCUCCUUACUCACUUGGCAGAAGGGACGUCCCACCUGACAACCUCAUGAAAAAGAGCGCCCACUCCCACAACCCCUCCCACCAAUCCCACAACACCAUGAUCGUCACUUCCUCUUCCUCCUCCUCGGCCACUACGCCUCAUCGUGUGGUCGGGCAGCAGGGCUACGACGGGAUGAUGAACAAGGGGGGCCAGUACCAACCGGGGAUGCCCCUGUCAGUGGUUCCCUCUGGGGGGCCUGGGCAGUACCAAGGCAACAUGUCUCAAGCCCAUCCUUCCUCUGGUCAGGCUUACCCCAGCAGCGGACUGCCCAUGGCCAUAUCCCCAUCCGGAAACCAGCCCCAGUACAACCCCCAUAGCUCCCACUCCUCCCAUCAGCCUUCCCUCCCUGCCACCAACCCCCAGUACCACAGCAACCAGGGCAUGGUCCAUAGCAACCAGGUUGUCAUGACCACCCACACCAACCCACGGCCUCAGAGCGCUCGCUGCCUGUUGCAGACUAAAGGCCAGAAGAGCACGGACGGUUUCCAGGAACAGUUGUGUGUGAGAAUAGAGAAGAACCCUGGUCUUGGUUUCAGUAUCUCUGGUGGCAUCAGUGGCCAGGGGAACCCCUUCAAACCUUCCGACAUGGGUAUCUUUGUUACUAGGGUACAGCAUGACGGGCCCGCCGCCUCCGCCCUGCAGCCCGGAGACAAGAUACUGCAGGCUAACGGACAUAGUUUUUUACACAUGGAGCAUGAGACAGCCGUCUCUCUGCUGAAGAGUUUCCAGCGGACGGUGGACUUGGUGGUUCUGAGAGACAGCAGCAUGCGCUAAAAAAUAGUUUUAUAACAAACAAACAAACAAACACAACAACAACGCUUCUUUUCUCUGCUCAUCGCCAUCCCACGCCACCCCACCUGUCCUCCGCAUGGGAGGCUUGUGGAACUGAAAAAUGAGCCGCCUUUUUUACCUUUUUAGGGGAACACACUGACAUUUAUUUGCCUAUUGCUGGACCAAAGGCAAAUACUAGUGCCAAAUGUACCAUAGGAAACAUAUCGGCUCUUCUGUCUACCAACGGUCAGGGACCUGAUCGACGGCUGGAUGGACCACAAAAGGACUCUAAACUUUGAGUCCCUACAGGGCUGCUGCAGUUUGGAUUUUGUGGUUGGUUUGUUAAUUAGGCAGUCAUCUGAUUGGUCAGUCUGAGUAGUCUGUUUUUGUUGGUUAGUUAGGGUUCUGGGGUAUUUUUGCUUUUUCUCCACUGCUUUUUAUUUUGCUGUUCAUGGUGGAUUUUUAAUGAUCUGUUUCAUGUCACACAUGGUUCACCUUCCAUGGUCUCUCCCUUCAUUGUCCUUCUGUUUUUUCUUUCUCUUUUCUCUGCUGUCAUCUAUGUUUUUCUUCUUUUGUCUAAUGUUUUCUGUUCUGUUCUUCUCUUUCCUUUGGUGUGUUGUGUUUUAUUCCUUUAUUCUUGUGUUUAUGUCUUCUGUUCUGUUCUGCAGGUAUUAUUGCCUCCAGUGUACAGAAACUGAAAACUUAAGACUUUCUGCCUUGUGUACAUAUAUGGAGCUGCAGCUUUCUAGACCUGCACUCUCUCUGGGGCCUGGACAGACAAGUUUAUGAUAAUUAUUGUUGAUAAACCACAUUCUGAAUUCUCUCUUAUGAACAUACAGGGAUAAUUUCUCCAAAUGGACGAUUUUCUAAAGUACACCACUGGUUUAUUUCUGUAUAGAAAACACUUUUCAUAAUCCACCUCUGCUACUUUUUUUUUUUUUGUUUGUUUUAUACUGUUGCUUGCACAGCUGUGCUGAAAAGAGCUAAAGCAAUAUUUCUGAGGCUCGGCCCAUUGAGCUUUUCAGCAGAGCCUAACUUGUCCUGCAGUGCCAUCUAUCGAGCAAGUCAUGCUAAUGUUUACACACACUGCCAUGCACAUGAACUAAAAGGCAAACACACACAUGUGCCCCCCAAACACAACACAUAUUCAGUGCUGUGAUCUGUGCUCUAGCCCGAUUUUAGAGUUCAGACAGUCUUAAAAAACUACUGUCACACACACAUACACUGUAACAUUAUUCAUAAUAUCUGUGCCAUAUUUUGAGGUCCUGUUUUCUAGUAUUGUUACAGCUAUGUCACAUCUCUUUCUAGCUGUUUAUUUGUAUGAUAAAGUCACAGCAUGCUUUCAUAUCACUGGUCACUGUCAGCCAGCCAUUUUCUGUUGGCUUCCAGAGUUUAAAACUCUCCAUGUAUUAUACCACUGAUUUUCAGUGAGACUGAUGUUCUAAAGUUGGUGCCACAUGGAUCCUCUGCCCUCUGACCCCGGUUGUAUUUACACAGGCCCCAAAACAUCUGAGCUUUACCUCUAUGUGGCCCAGAUCUGAUCUGCACACCAUGAGAGGAGCAGCGUGACUUUAGAGAGUAGGGAAACUGGUUUGUAACUGUCGGCCUGGCUUCAAAUCCAAGUGUCCUGACCUCUGGCCUCCCUGUGGAAAGCAACAAGAGAAAAGAGAGGGUCCCUACAAGAAUCAGUAAGGUAUAACACACAAGUGUUAGUGUCUUAAUGGGUCGAUCUGCAUUUAAUCAGAUUUUCCCUUUGUAGACAAUCAGGGAAAGAUCUGAUCUGUGUCACAAAGGCUUUUGGCUUCACUUGAAAUUUCUGUGUAACUUUUUGUAACCUAAGAAGAGGCUAACUGACUAGGUUUACUGGGGAAUUUAGAUUCACCAACUUUGGGUCAAGUUGUGUUUGAAAUAAGACAGUAAAUAGAGCAGGGAAAAAGUAAUCCAGACUCCAGACUCCAAUCCAGAUGUAGGAACUUUGAAGGAAGUUUCUGGCCAAAAGUUGGAGCCAUGGCAGUGUGAUAAAAUCCAGCUUUCGUUGUCACGCUUCAGAAAUUGUAUUGACAUGACAGAAGCAACCACAGAAGACAAGAGUGAAGAGCUACAUUUUCUGUCUUUGUGUAAAUGCAACACGUCCUGAAGAUGUUUCAUGACAGUGAGUUUUGUUCUGUUCUGUGCAACAUGUGAUGUUUGAUUCAGAGCAGAACAACAUCCUUCACUGUCCUUUGCUUUUACUUGACAUGACAGUGUCAUCCUGCGCCCAUUUUGUGUCAACUCUCCUAAUAAGCAUUAGAAUUUAGUUAAUUCAACAUAAGGGACACAAAAUGGCACAGAUAAGUCAUGUGGUUGAGAUCUUAACCACAGGUAUCCACCCAACCCUAUUUAGAGUUUGAAAUAUCAAAGAUAUUGUGAUGAGAACAGAGAAAAAGGUUUGAUAAUAUAAUUAUUUUUUACUACAUGUUUCAGGUAAUUCUUUCUAAAUAUAUUGAUAUACCUUAGCUUUGCUCAAAAAUUGUGAUAUUUUAUAAUGACACUUAUAACAAAGUUAUGGAUGGAAGUACGCACAGUAUGACUUGGAGACCUACACAUGUACUAUCCAAAACUGUAUAAAAUGUAUUUCUACUGUAAUUGUGAAUUUGUGUUAUACAAAUAUAUAUUAUAUAUAUAUGUAUAUGACUAUAAAAACAGUCAUUUUCUAUGUGUUUAAACUACAUAAGAGCUGAACAAAUGCUGAGGACGGUGUCACUGUACAUAGCUGUGAAUGAAAUCCAAUUUAAAAUGACUCAUAUUGAUUGUGAAUGUACUCAUGCUUUCUGCAGUACCUACACCUACCCAACUUGAAUGCUGCUUCUUCUGUUGUGUGACAAAAAGUACUUUGACCUCCGAGGAGAGAACCGCUGUCGAGUUAUAAGUUGGACAAAUUUAGUGACGAUUUAACAGAACUAUUUAUUUCUUUAUUUAUUUGCACAUGCAAGUUGAAAUCCUUCCAGUUUUAAGUUUGAGUAUUAAUGCGGAGAAAUGUAAUUGCCGAAGUAUAUAUAAUAUAUAUCAUGUGUUUAGAAUGCAUUUUGCAGACGCUAUCUGUACAUACUAUUUAAGAUACAGUUUUUACAAAAAAUAAUAUAUGUAUAAAAUUGAAAAAAUGCUGUGCAGCGAUUAUACUGGAGCCAUUUUGGGCUUUGGGACGUACCAUUUUUUCAGUAUAUAAGAAGUGUUUUGAAUAAUGUACUAAAGUCUCUAUUGUACAAAUAAUAAAAAUGUCACUAUUGGUAA